AUGAUUCACACGUGUGAAGAAUGUGGACGGCAAAGUUCUAGUGGAGACAUUUGGUUAUGGUGUAAACCUUGUAAUGCACAACAUUUUAAACAACAGUUUGAUAGUUGGAGUAGCGAAAAUAAAGUUAUUGAUGAAUUCAUACAAGAAACUCAACUUAACGCAUCAAACCAUUUCCAAAAAUUAGAAUGGAUCAAGUACGAGAAAUUUACGGAUGUCAAAUAUCUUUCUAAAGGGGGAUUCGGAAAGGUAUACGUAGCUACAUGGAAAGAAGGUUAUAUUUACAAAUGGAACGUUGAAAAGCAAGAUUGGUCAAGACGGUACGAACUUCUUGGUGAAACAAAAGUGGUUUUGAAAAGUUUAAAUAAUUCAAAAAACAUACCUGCAGGAUUUUUUGACGAAAUUAAACAUCAGAUAAAUUCUUUAGAUGCCGGAAUAAAAGGAGGGUAUAGAAUUAUUCCAUGUUAUGGAAUAACCAAAGAUCCAACAUCCGAAGAUUUUAUAAUGGUUAUGCGAUUUGCGGAAGAAGGAAAUCUUCGAAAAUAUUUAGAUAAUAAAUUUUAUUCAUUAGAUUGGUAUCAAAGGUUUAAAAUUUUACAUUCAAUACUUAAGGGACUCAAUCAUAUCCACAAUGCAGGAUUGACUCAUCAAGAUUUACAUGGAGGAAAUAUAGUGAUGUUCGAACUUGAAGAUGCAAGCAUUACAGAUUUUGGUUUAUGUAAACCGAUAACUCAAUAUCCGGAAGAGAAGAAAAAGUCAGUAUUUGGAGUCCUUCCUUAUAUCGCUCCUGAAGUAUUACGCGGAGAAGAAUACUCGCAAUCAUCAGAUGUCUAUUCUUUUGGAAUUCUAAUGAACGAAAUCGCAACUGGUUUACCACCUUAUAAUGAUAUCCCACACAAUAAUGAACUCGCUGUAGAAAUUAUUCAAGGUAGACGUCCUCCAACUGAUGCUCGUAUUACACCACAAUUAUUUAUUCAAUUGCUUGAGCGUUGCUGGGAUGCUAAACCAGAAAAUAGACCAAUUUCCCAAGAGUUGAUAUAUCAAUUUGAUAAAUGGUUUGGAAUUCUUAAUACAAAAGAAUAUGAUGACUUUUGGAAUCAAGUUGAAGAAAUUGAAAACCGAAAAAAAGAAUCAUUAGAAUCUAUUCCAAAUAGCCCAACUAUUUUGGAAUCGAAGAUAAAUUACGUUACGCAUUCCCAAGCCAUUUAUUCAAGUCGAUUAUUUAAUUUUCCAAUUUUUCCUCCAGCAAAAAAUGCGCACGAAGCAGUUCAAAACACACCCGGUAAACUUUAA